GCCACAUUAGAAUUGAUAGUGUUGUAACAAGAAGGAUCUUGUAUCCAUGAACUCUGAUAUAACAUCCCAUAGAUUUGUUUUCUGUGCUGAUCAGUACAUUUCAUGCUUUAAGGUUAAUAUGACAAGUUGUUUGGGUAACUAACAAAAUAUUGAAAAAAUAUUUGAUUCGGGUGUCUGGUAACCUGCAAGUUUUUUUUUUUUUUUUUUUUGUAUUUCACUGCAAACUUUCAAUGACUAACAACGGCUCUUUGGAUGGCGGCAAAUCCUUUAGUCGACCGAUAAAUGAUAGAGUAAUUUUUGUUCAAGUCUUGGUAGCAGUUCUUCUUUCUAUUAACUUUGUGCUGAUUGCAACCUUUUUUAUGAAGGACACCUUCUACACAAACAUGCGCUAUAUUUUGUUUGCCAACGCAUUAUUUUCUGAUUGCAUAAAUUUAAUAAUCACAGAUCUGUUGCUGAUCUUCAUCUAUUUUUCUGUUCCUUUACAAACUUGGUCAUGCCUCAUCUUUUUCAUUGUGUCAUCUCUGUAUAACUAUGUCACUCCGCUGACUCUGACGGCAAUGAGCCUGGAGCGCUAUGCGGCUAUUUGCAUGCCACUACAUCACGGGGAGCUGUGCACAAUGAGCAGGGCCCUGCAGGGAAUCCUCACUAUUCACAGCAUCGGCUUUAUUCCCUGCCUUGUGACUCUUAUUGUAUUUUUUUCUUCGACCACCUUUAUAUUUCUUAAGCAAUACCGAAUCUGCUCUGUGGAGGUGUUCAUGUUGUACAGAUGGCAAGAUCAUUUAAGGUCUGCAAUAAGUCAGUUUUAUUUCUUGAUCAUGUGCAUUAUCAUUGCUUUCUCCUAUGUUAAAAUAAUGAAAGUGGCCAAAGCUGCAUCGGGAGAGAACAAAGAGUCAACACAAAAAGGACUCCGAACGGUGAUCCUUCAUGCUUUUCAGCUGUUGCUUUGUCUUAUCCAGUUGUGGACCCCAUUCAUUGAAGCUGCUGUGCUUCAAAUUGAACUAAAUUUAUACUUGAAUGUCAGAUACUUUAAUUACAUUUGUUUUAAUCUUGCUCCACGAAGCCUGAGUCCUCUUAUCUAUGGCCUUAGGGAUGAAGCAUUUGUACUUGCGCUGAAACGAUUUGUGUUAUGUUGUCCCUUCAUAAAGAAGUUAAAACUUUGAUAUACAUACAAAAUAAUUCAAUUUGUUGAACCUACAUUUCUUCUAUGUAUUUAAUGUAAUCCAUGAUACAUAAAUAUUCAAAUAUUUUAACAGAUCUGUGAGAAGAGCUGAUGUUAAAGGAGGCCUUUUGGUACUUUAAGUUGGAACAACUUGUA